GCCUCCAACUCCAACCCAAUGAGAUCGCAGCCCUCGCACUCACACGCACAAGCACGCACUUUCCACCCCGAGCGCUCUCUUAAACCCUGGGACGCAAAGAGAAAAAGAAGAAAAGGAGGAAGCCGAGAAGAAAGAGAGGUAGCAGGGUGGCAGAGAGAGAGAGAGUGAGGGGAGCCAGAGAGGAGAGAGGGGGCGAGAGGCAGAGGGAGACGGGCGGCGUGUGAGGGAGAGCACCAUGGCUUCAGAUCCGGGGCUGGCUGCGAUGCUGCUGUGGACUAUCUCACUCCAGGCUGUGGGCUCCGCGGGAACCGGCAGCAACGAAGUGAAUCUUCUUGAAACGACGACCAUCGCGGGAGACUGGGGCUGGUUGACAUAUCCAUCACACGGGUGGGACGCCAUCAAUGAGAUGGACGAGUACUUCAGCCCCAUCCACACGUACCAGGUCUGCAACGUGAUGAGCCCCAGCCAGAACAACUGGCUGGUGACGGGUUGGGUCCCACGACAGGGCGCCAGGAGGAUCUACAUCGAGCUCAAGUUCACCCUGAGAGACUGCAACAGCAUGCCAGGGGUGCUGGGCACGUGCAAGGAAACCUUCAACCUGUACUACUACGAGUCGGACAGAGCGGUGGGCGCAGGCAUCCGGGAGAACCAGUUCAUCAAGAUCGACACCAUCGCUGCUGAUGAAAGUUUCACGGGCGUGGACCUGGGGGUCCGCAGGCUGAAACUCAACACCGAGGUGCGAGGGGUGGGCCCUCUGAACCGGCGGGGCUUCUACCUGGCCUUCCAGGACAUCGGCGCCUGCAUCGCCCUCACCUCCGUGCGGGUGUACUACAAACGCUGCGUGGGCAUGAACCGGAACCUGGCGGUUUUCACCGACGUGGUGACGGGAGCCGACUCCUCCUCCCUGGUGGAGGUCCGGGGUCAGUGCGUGGAUCACGCCGAGGAGAGCGACACGCCCAAGAUGUACUGCAGCGCAGAGGGGGAGUGGCUGGUCCCCAUCGGGAAGUGUGUGUGCUCUGCAGGAUUUGAGGAACACAGAGACUCCUGUGUAGCCUGUGAGGUGGGUUUCUAUAAGCCGGUGGCAGGCGAUGGCCCGUGUGGUAAAUGUCCUCAGCACAGCCACUCAGAGACCAGAGCCGCCCUCUCCUGCCCAUGUGACUCCAACUACUACCGGGCGGCAGAUGACCCGCCUGCAGCUUCAUGCUCCCGACCUCCAUCCGCUCCAGUAAAUGUUAUCUCCUCAGUCAACGGGACCUCUGUAAAUUUAGAGUGGGAUCGCCCCCUGGACACCGGGGGACGCAGCGACCUUCUCUACAGCGUGUUGUGUCGGAGAUGCUCGGGGGAAGGACCCUGCGAGGACUGCACAGCAUCUCCAGGAAGCGGUGGAGGGAAGGCGGGCGGAGGAGCGAACCUCGGGGUGGGAGGUGGAGGUAUGGUGGAGCGUUUAGGAACGGCAGGAGUUAAGUUCGUCCCUCGCCAGACUGGUUUGACGGAGCCUUGGGUGACGGUGCUCAACCUGGCGGCCCACACCAACUACUCCCUCCGCAUCCUGGCCAUGAAUGCGGUGACUCACCUGGGCAGAGAGCCAACACCUUAUGCCGUUGUCAACAUCACAACAAACCAGGCAGCUCCCUCUGAAGUGUUGGCCAUCCGUCAGGAGAACACCAGCCAGAACAGUGUGACUUUGUUGUGGCAUGAACCCGACCAGCCCAACGGCGUAAUCCUGGAGUACGACAUCAAAUACCACGAGAAGGAAAACGACGAGGAAACCUUUUCCACUCUGAGGUCUAGAAACACCAGUGCCCGGGUGUCCGGUCUGAAGCCGGGGACCAAGUACAUCUUCCAGGUCCGAGCCAGAACGUCUGCGGGCUGUGGCCGCUUCAGCCAGGAUGUAGAGAUCCAGACUGGUAAAGCAGCUCCUCUGCGUUACAACACAAUGACCAUCAUCUGGAUCUGCAUGGCCUUGGUGUCCGGCCUGGUCACCACCCUGGCCAUCUUCAUCUGCAGGAAACGGCAAGGCUACACUUUACCACACUACCCGUCGCUGCUACACUGUGGCUACAGCAAAGCCUUCCAGGACUCAGAUGAGGAGAAGAUGCAUUACCAGAACGGUCAUGUGUCAUUCCCCGAUGCGAGGUUCUAUAUCGACCCGCACACGUACGAGGACCCCUGCCAGGCGGUCCAUGAGUUUGCCAGAGAAAUUGAAGCUUCCAGGAUCAAAAUAGAGAAAAUUAUUGGCUCAGGAGAGUUUGGGGAGGUGUGUUACGGACGUAUGAGGCUUCCAGGUAAACGAGACAUCCCAGUAGCACUGAAGACCCUGAAGGCAGGAUAUACUGAGAAGCAGAAGAGGGACUUCCUGGCCGAGGCUUCCAUAAUGGCCCAGUUUGACCACCCGAACGUCAUCCACCUGGAGGGAGUGGUAACUCACAGCAAACCAGUGAUGAUCAUCACAGAGUACAUGGAGAACGGCUCGCUGGACUCCUUCCUCAGGAGACACGACGGCCAGUUCACCAUCAUCCAGCUGGUGGGGUUGUUGCGUGGCAUCGCAGCAGGUAUGACCUACCUGUCUGACCUGGGCUACAUCCACCGAGAUCUGGCCGCCCGCAACAUCCUGGUCAACAGCAACCUGGUGUGUAAGGUAUCUGACUUUGGGCUGUCUAGAGUCCUGGAGGAUGACCCCGACGCCGCAUACACCACCAGUGGCGGGAAAAUCCCAAUCCGCUGGACGGCCCCCGAGGCCAUCGCGUUCAGAAAGUUCUCCUCCUCCAGCGAUGUGUGGAGCUACGGCGUCGUCAUGUGGGAGAUCACGUCCUACGGAGAGAGACCUUACUGGAACCUCACCAACAGAGAUGUGAUCAAAUCCGUGGAGGAAGGCUACAGGCUCCCUGCUCCCAUGGGCUGCCCCGCUGCUCUACACACACUCAUGCUAGACUGCUGGCAGAAGGAUCGCAACGAGCGGCCGCGUUUCUGCCAGAUAGUCACCGUUCUUGACAAGCUAAUCCGCAACCCAGAGAACCUGAAAUCUAUGGACACGCUCUGCAGGGACAUCCAGAGGCUUGGAGUGACACUGAUGGGCCAUCAGAAGAAGAUCAUGACCAGCGUCCAGGUCAUGAGGGCACAAGUCCUCCAUAAGAGUGUUUCAUCAGUGCACGUAUAACUCCAAAACUGAGCUUUCCUUCUGCUGAGACGUGAACGCCCAGGCUUCUAUGAGGUCCAGAAGGACUCAUCAGCAGAUAAAAGGAAGAAGAACAAGAUAUGUGGGAAUUUUACAAGAAUUUUACUGGAGAGAUUAAAGAACAAAAUGUGAAGUUUUUCCAUCGAAGCAAGUAAACGUGACUUCUAUGGGACCGACUUUUCUUUUAUUCUUCUUAACCAUUUUAUGUCUCGUUUAUGACUGGAAAAAAACUGCCUUAAUUAUCACAAAUUAUUUAAAUUUUAUGUCUACAAGGAAAGGAUAAUUUAUCAUGAAUUUAUCAGAGUAGUUUGAUUUACAUUACCAGUGAAGAACAAGAGCCGUGGUGCGGCGGGGGAUUCUGACGGGAGCGGCUUCAGCUGAACGAGGCCGCGUUGAGGCUUAAACCACGGAAAAGGGGGGAAGUUUGAGUUGAUCGUCUUCACCGCUGAGAAGAUUUACUUCACCCCAGGCUAUUAAUGCCGACAGGCACAUGUGUCCACCGUCUACCCUUGAUGAACGACCCACGGAGACCCGAGAACCCUCUGCCCGGUUUGAAGCUGCGCAGCGCACAACUGCUCUACUGGAUCCUGUGUGUAAAUUGGUCAUAGUGCACUUUAUUCUACAAUCUCUCCGUCCGGUACUGGUUUACCACCUGUGUCGCAGAUCUCCUUGCAGUCAUGACUUGAGCCAUACGUUUCAAGCUUUUAUCUGUUUUACCAGUAUACAGGACUGUCUGUAUACUGUCUGAACAUUAGAAUAUUGUGAUAAAGUUCUUUAUUUUCUGUA